GGAAGAUUUGUAAAAUGAACAGUGUGUAACGGGGAUCCGUUUUUGAGCAGAUGGACGCACUCCUGUAACCAGCCGAGUGCAAUAACCGUGCGCAACUGGAGAGGAGCGAGUUUCCUUCUGAGCUGCCACCAGAAGUGAGACGAAGGACUGGAGUGAUUCAAUUGCAAGAAACGUUUUUGAAUGACCGAAGUGUGGCGAAAAUUCCCCGGCACUCAUGGCGUAGUCUAUCGUUUUUGUCUGUUUUGAGGACAGAAUCAUUCGAAGAGAGCCAAACUUCCGCAGGCGCAGUUCUCUUCCACAGCGGUGCAGGAGUCCUGCGCGGCUGUUGCCGUGGCUCUUGCCCGUAGACAGAUAGCAUCGUCGGUAGGAGGGCACAAAGAGAUACUUGCAGGGUAAUUGUUGCAGCCUGCGCUCGCAGGUGCUUCGCUGAUGCGUCUCUGAGGGACUGGGGGCUUCAAUCUGAUCGAGGCGUUUUUAGACUUGUGAAAAAAAAUAUAAAAAAGAAACCAAAUGAGAAUGUUGCACCAAGUACAAUGAGUGCAGAGUUGUCGCAUCCACCCAAUUCCACAUAUGUUCCGUCGAAUUCAGUUUUGAUGAGCAAUUCUGACUCGUCUUUGGAAUUUUAAAAAGUGGAUCCCGAGACUUAGCAACCAUGCGAAAUACUUGGCAGUCUCCACGGAGUGCGAUUUGGGAAUAUUGGACAUCGCUGAUUGCAUGUCUCUUUUGGAUUCAGUACUCUUAUGGGAUGCCUCAUGUUAUACGAAUAGGUGGGAUUUUCGAACAAACGGAUGGACCUGUUUCACUUGUUAGUGCGGAGGAACUUGCCUUUAAAUUUGCUGUGAAUAACAUUAACAGAAACAGGACUUUGUUGCCAAACACAACAUUAACUUAUGACAUACAAAGGAUUAAUAUCUAUGACAGCUUUGAGGCAUCAAGAAAAGCUUGUGACCAGUUGUCUUUAGGUGUGGUUGCAAUAUUCGGGCCCUCACACAGCUCAUCAUCAAAUGCCGUGCAGUCCAUCUGCAAUGCUCUGGAAGUGCCGCACAUCCAGGUGCGGUGGAAACAUCACCCUAUGGACAACAGGGACACCUUUUAUGCCAAUUUGUACCCAGAUUACUCAUCAUUAAGCUAUGCUAUCCUGGACCUGGUGCAGUUUCUUAAAUGGAAAACAGCCACUGUUGUCUAUGACGAUAGCACAGGUCUUAUAAGACUACAGGAGCUGAUAAUGGCCCCAUCCAGAUACAACAUUCGCCUAAAGAUCCGCCAGCUUCCUCUUGAUACACAGGAUACGAGGCCCCUUCUAAAAGAAAUGAAGAGAAGUCGGGAGUUCCGCAUCAUUUUCGACUGCAGUCAUCACAUGGCUGCACAGAUUCUGAAACAAGCCCAGACCAUGGGGAUGAUGACGGAGUAUUACCACUAUAUCUUCACCACUCUGGACCUUAUGGCCAUCGACCUGGAGCCAUAUCGUUUCUGUGGAGUCAACAUGACCGGCUUCCGCAUCCUCAAUGUGGAUAAUCCCCAGGUUGCAUCCAUUGUGGAGAAAUGGUCGAUGGAACGGCAGAUACCACCUAAACCUGAUUCAGGCCUGCUAGAGGGAAUCAUGACGACAGAUGCAGCUCUGACCUAUGAUGCAGUCCACAUUGUCUCCGUCUCAUACCAGCACGCUCCACAGAUGACCGUAAACUCACUGCAGUGCCACCGCCACAAACCCUGGAGAUUUGGAGGGCGCUUCAUGAGUUUCAUCAAAGAGUCCCACUGGGAUGGUUUGACUGGAAGACUCUCCUUCAACAAGACAACUGGUCUACGGACAGACUUUGAUCUGGACAUCGUCAGCCUAAAGGAGGAUGGACUUGAAAAGGUGGGAAAGUGGAGUGCGUCAGGAGGUCUUAACAUCACAGAAGUGCCGAAGCGAAAAGGGAUGAACAUCACAGAUUCCCUGGCUAACCGCUCCCUCGUCAUCACCACCAUUCUGGAGGAGCCAUAUGUCAUGCUUAAGAAGUCUGACAAGGCUCUGGUUGGAAACGACCGCUUCGAAGGAUUCUGCAUUGACUUGCUGAAGGAGCUGGCCAACAUACUUGGCUUCACAUACGAGAUCCGUCUGGUGCCUGAUGGGAAAUAUGGUUCUCAGGAUGACAAGGGCCAAUGGAAUGGCAUGAUUAGGGAACUUAUUGAACAUAGAGCAGACUUGGCAGUUGCUCCUCUCACCAUCACUUACGUUCGUGAGAAGUUUAUUGACUUCACCAAACCCUUUAUGAACACGGGCAUCAGCAUCCUGUAUCGCAAACCCAAUUCCACCAACAACGGCUUCUUCUCCUUUCUGAACCCCAUGACUCCAGACAUUUGGGUGUACAUUCUUCUGGCCUACCUGGGCGUUAGCUGUGUUCUUUUUGUCAUUGCUAGGUUCAGCCCAUAUGAAUGGUAUGACGCUCACCCCUGCAAUCCCGGAUCUGAUGUGGUGGAGAACAACUUCACUCUCCUAAACAGCUUCUGGUUUGGAGUUGGUUCCUUAAUGCAACAAGGCUCAGAACUGAUGCCCAAAGCCCUGUCGACCAGGAUAAUUGGUGGGAUCUGGUGGUUCUUCACACUCAUCAUCAUAUCAUCCUACACGGCUAAUUUAGCAGCAUUUCUUACUGUGGAGAGAAUGGACUCACCAGUGGACUCAGCUGACGACAUUGCCAAGCAGACCAAGAUCGAGUAUGGUGUGGUCAAAGAUGGGGCAACCAUGAGUUUCUUCAGGAAAUCAAGGGUUUCUACAUUUGAGAAGAUGUGGGCCUUUAUGAGCAGCAGACCAAGAACAUCUCUGGUGAAGUCUAUCGAGGAUGGGAUUCAGAGGGUGCUGAAAUCAGACUAUGCCCUCAUUAUGGAGUCCACCACUAUUGAUUACAUCACUAGGAGAAACUGUAAUCUGACACAGGUGGGAGGGAAUAUCGACAGCAAAGGCUAUGGCAUCGGCACUCCCCUUGGCUCCCCGUACAGGGACAAAAUCACCAUAGCAAUCCUUAGUAUCUUGGAGGAUGGGCGCCUACACAUGCUGAAGGAGAAAUGGUGGAGUGGGAGCAGCUGCUUGGAUGAAGAGCAUCGCGAGACUGGCCCCAUGGGAAUCCAAAAUCUGGGUGGUAUAUUCAUUGUGCUUGCGUCUGGCCUGGUCCUGUCUGUUUUUGUGGCAAUUGCUGAAUUCAUCUACAAGCUAAGGAAGACUGCAGAACGUGAGCAGAGGUCUUUGUGCAGUGCCAUGGUGGACGAGAUCAGACUGUCGUUCACCUGCGAGAGACGGGUGAAACACAAGCCUCAGCCUCCAGUCAUGGUGAAGACGGAUGCAGUGAUCAACAUGCACGCCUACAACGACCGACGACUCCCGGGAAAGGACAGCAUGAGCUGCAGCACUGGGAUGACUCCUGUAUUCCCAUGACAAUGUGUUCCCCGCAAGUCAAAAACCUCCUGAGCAACGUGUCGGGGGCGGUGCCAGAGCCUAGAGACAAUGGCAUAGACGGGA